GUUUAUUGAUUUCAGAUGGAUACUUAUAGAGAAAGUGAUGUAGGCUAAGGGAUUAGGUGAGCUUUUUUAAAAAAUUUUAAACAUUUAUUAGAUUAGGUAAGCUUUUUACAGGGACGAUGAUUAGUAAUGAUUUACAAUCUUAGUAGAAUGACUUAGUUUACCUCACCGAAGCUUCAACAGAAUUUUCUAUAGGAUAACAAAUCACAGGUAAAUAUGUAACCAUCUAGCCAAGCUUCUCACAGAAUUCCUGCAUCAGUAAUUUCUCGGAAGAACAUACAGUUUCUACAAAAUACAGCAGGGAAGGGUGGAAAAGGAGGGGUUUGGGGGGGGCCUCGUGUGAAGAGUGAUUCUGGCCAGACCGUGGCUUUGAUUUUCUGGGGUCCACUCUCACUCCUGGGGCUGCAGGUAUUGAUUACCCUCACAAUCAGUUCGUAUGAAUGUGGCUUGAAAUUAUAUAGUGGAGGAUCGUUUAGUUAGGAACCGAAAGUGAUUCCCUCUGACCUGAGGAAAAGCACAACAAACCAAGGAGAAAAGUCUCCCUUCUUCAUUGGCAGAUUCUUAGAGAAGUAGCACAUAGGCUGAAUUCCGUCCGAUGAGGAGGUUCUGAGAAUCUGGUGGGUUCAAAGCUUUCAACUUUGAAACAUGUAAGAGCUGAUCAGUGAAAUGACGUGCGUGAUUUUAUCGGUCCGAUGACACAGUAUACUCUCCCCCUUCUGACAGAGACUGACCCGGGGUGGAGAAAGAGACACAUUUUUUUUUUUUUUUGAUGCAGCCAAUGAGGGAAUUUGUCUAGCUUGACUAAGCAUACGUUACAAGGAGUCUCUUUUUCUUUUUCUCAAUGGGGUGGAAGGUGAGGGAAGAUGGGAGACAGAGAAAAUAGGUUUUGGUUAAUUUUUUAAAAUUUAAUUUUUAAAAAGCUCAAAGCCCCAUUCUUGAGCCUGCCAACUAAGAUCAACAGCUUAUCUCUUUAUAGAAUUAGCCAGAGGUCUAAAACUUCACUUAGCAGUGCUCUAGAGAGCAGUCACUGAGUGUUCAUCGAAUGAAUAAUGUUAACUCAUUUGUUCCUCACAUCCGCCCUGAGGUGCCUUUCCCGCUGCAGAACGAGAGCCAUGAAGCCCAUCGCAUCUCUCCUGUGCCUGGCGUGUCUGCUGCACGUGGCUCUGUGCCUGAGAAUCGCCGCUUUCAACAUCAGGACUUUCGGAGAGAACAAGAUGUCUAACGAUACCAUCUCUGACUAUAUUGUGAGGAUCCUGAAUCAGUAUGAUAUUGCCCUUGUCCAGGAGGUGAGAGAUAAAUAUCUCGUGGCUGUGGGGAGCCUACUGGAUAAACUCAAUAGAGAAACAUCAAAUUCCUAUCAUUUUGUGGUCAGUGAGCCUCUAGGGAGGAACACUUAUAAAGAACGCUAUCUCUUUGUAUUCAGACCUGACAAAGUGUCCGUCCUAGACAGCUAUUAUUACGACGAUGGCUGUUUACCGUGUGGAAAUGACACCUUCAGCCGGGAGCCCGUCGUCGUCAAAUUCUCCUCCCCAACCACAGUGGUGAAGGAGUUUGUCAUAGUACCUCUGCACGCAGCCCCGAAAGAUGCCGUCACUGAGAUCGAUGCUCUCUUCGACGUCUACUUAGAUGUCCGCCUACGAUGGAACAUGGAGGACAUUAUGUUCAUGGGAGACUUCAAUGCCGACUGCUCCUAUGUCACCCCAUCCCAAUGGCCGUCCAUCCGUCUGCGCAACAACUCUGCCUUCCAGUGGCUAAUCCCCGACACUGCAGACACCACUGUGACGCCUACUGACUGUGCUUAUGACAGGAUUGUGGUCUCCGGAAGAAAGCUGCAAAGUGCCAUCGUUCCUGGAUCGGCCACCAUCUUUGAUUUCCAGGCAGCAUACAAUUUGAGUACUGGAAUGGCUCUAGCCAUCAGUGAUCAUUAUCCUGUGGAGGUGACUCUGAAAUAAGCCCAACUCUCCAGGAUGGCCACAUUCCUCAGACUUCCUGAUUUCAUCUACUUCCCUAACUUCCUCUCUACUAAGGACCAGCUGUAAUAAAAAUCAUGGCCAGUCACCAGAACCAAAAAGGGUGGCUGAUGCCUUAAUUUGCCUUUGUUCCUGUCAGGUGGGCUCCUAGAUGUGAGCAUUUAGAUGUGGACAGGCUGGUCAUGGGAUUUGCAAAACUGAAGACAUAUGGUGGUAGUAUCCUCUCUGAUCUAAUCAAAAAACAAUUGCUACUACUUUCAAUGGGCCUGAAAGAAACAAAAUUGAUUAGGUUUUAAAACUGAAAACACCAAUUUCUGAACUGUUACAGAAUCAAAACAUGAGUAAUUAAAAGGCAUCUAGGAAAGCCUUUGAAGAAGUCAGAGGAAUAAUGCUCUAUUGUCCCAUCAACAUCAAGGAGCCCCAGACCUGGGCACAUUCUUCUAAGUACAAUGACUCCCCUUUUUAGAAUUUAGGCUCCACAAGGGCAGGGACUGUCUUUGCUUGAGUCCUUAGCAGAGUGCUUAACAUACGACAAGUGCUUAAAUGUCUUUUCAUUCACUCGUUAUUUAUAAUUCGUUAGCACAUAUCAAAGUGGUGUAAACUUCAGACACUCGGUGGAUUCUUGUUGAUGUUCCAAGUGUUCACCAUCAUGUACCCGCUCUAUUCAUCUCUAUAAAUGACUGUCACAGUCCUGAUCUUAUUACAUCUAGAUUAUCUGUCAGCUCACAUGCACUUGUGUAUAAGACUCAAUGUAAUGUAAUUUAAGUGAUUAUUAAAUCAUAUAAUAAAGCUGUUUGCUCAGAAAA